UAUUAUCGACCAGAUCACACGGAAACCGGAUCAACUACACCGGAUUUGGACACACAAAAAUAUCAGAACUAUUGCAGCACUCUGGUCUAUCUGAACACGGCAUUCACUGCCAUGUUCACCAUGGAGUGUUUGCUCAAACUAGUCGCUUUUGGACCAAAGAGCUACUUUCGCGAUUGGUGGAACACAUUCGACUUUAUCACCGUGGUUGGAAGUAUCACAGAUGUCCUGGUCUCUGAACUUCAGGAUUCUUCGUUUUUGAGCCUCGGAUUUUUGAGACUGUUUCGUGCUGCCCGCUUGAUCAAAUUAAUUCGUCAAGGAUACACUAUUCGCAUCUUACUCUGGACAUUCAUUCAAUCCUUCAAAGCACUUCCAUACGUUCUACUGUUGAUCGCUAUGCUGUUUUUCAUUUAUGCCGUGGUCGGAAUGCAGGUGUUUGGCACAAUUGCAAUCAACGACGAAGUGGGACAGAUUACCACGUACAAUAAUUUUCACAGUUUCCUCAAUGCGGCCCUCUUAUUGUUUAGAUGUGCAACGGGCGAAUCGUGGCAAGAAGUGAUGCUUGCUUGUACAGACGGUCAAGAGUGCGUGAACAAGUCAGCCACCAGUUGCGGCAGCUACGGUUCUUACGCGUAUUUUGUGUCGUUCAACUUUUUGUGCUCAUUUCUGAUGCUCAACUUAUUUGUGGCUGUGAUAAUGGACAAUUUUGACUAUCUGACGCGAGAUUCUUCCAUCCUGGGAUCACAUCAUCUGGACGAGUUUAUUCGCGUUUGGGCUGAAUACGAUCCGGGUGCCACCGGUCGGAUUCACCACACGGAAAUGUAUGAGAUGUUACGCAAGCUUGAACCUCCUGUGGGCUUUGGUCAGAAUUGCCCAUAUCGUUUGGCCUAUCGGAAACUGAUCCGAAUGAACAUGCCCGUGGAUAGUCAGGGCACGGUACAUUUUACCACCACGCUGUUCGCCCUUGUUCGUGAAGCGCUCAGUAUUAAAAUGGCUCCGGCCGAGAUGAUGGACCAAAAGGAUGCCGAAUUGCGUGAGACCAUUCGCACGUUGUGGCCAGUUCAAGCGAAACGCAAACUGGAUUUGCUACAGCCUCCGGAUAGUGAAUACACGUUUACGCAUCUGACGGUGGGAAAAAUCUACGCCGGAUUGUUAAUUUUGGAAAAUUGGCAGAUUAAUCGGGCAAAUGCUAGUAAAGCCAGUGCUGAUCGCACUGUGGGCAAUCUGCAAGAUGACCGGAGCAGGCUGGAUACCGCCAGUCUUAUUCUGAGCAUGAGUCCAAGUAGUUCAGCGGCAAGAACACGCGCAUCAACCAAUCAUCUCCACGAUUCCCCAGUAUCCGUUGUUCCGACCGAACAAGAUCGAUUAACGAGGGAACAAGUGAGACCCGACAAACCACAAAUUGUUAUCUCCAGUGUUGUCGAUCAAUCCAGUCGAGAGUCCAAUCGCGUACCGGAUGAGGCAGAUACCGAUUAUCAUGACUCAGUGUCAAUCACAUCAACAGAAUAUUUGCAGAUGGCCGGAGCACAAGCCCGUGAUCCGAAAAUUGAAACAAAUCUUCCGGUUAAACCAACAACUAGGGACCUGGAACAUCAACCCCGAUUGACAUUCUACUGUCAACCCCCGGAGACGGAAUCAGUGGACUCGUAUGACUCCUCCUCAUAUGGUGCUCCUGUCCCCACAAAUCCGAGGCCUAUCUAUCCCCCUCGUCGAUUCCGUCCGAUCAACCCACAUUAUCAUGGUUAUACUGGACGGGGAGAAGAACCACCCAUGGAUUUUGCAAAUGCCGUAUCUACCUUGGUAGAACGAGUUAAUCUGCUGGCGGAACGGAAUAGAAUCGAUAAAUCGUUGCGUCGUCAUGUUAAAGAUGUGGAUUGGGACAAUAUCUCAGCCUACAAACUUCGAAUGCGUGCCAGGAACCGUUACGCCAGUAACAUGGACUUACAUAUACCCUACGCUGCAAACUAUCUAAGUUCUGGACGUUCUUCCACUCCCAGCACAGUGAUUCAAGUCCCCUGUCUCAAUCUACAGUAUCAACCGCGAGGUGAAUCUAGGAUGUAUGCAGAAGCAAACACCCCUUGGGCAGCUCGAUAUCCAAUCCAGGAAGCCGCUUAUCAUCCAGUCUAUGCGGAUGAGACUGAUUCUGCCGGAAUGGAACAAUUUGAAUCAGUCCCGGGGUCGGAUCGUUACAGAGAUCAGAGCUCACCCAGACUUCAAUCAUCCGGAAUUCUCCGUGCAGACGACUGGUCUCUGAUUCCGGUGACCGCAGAGACCGCAUUGCGUAUAAGCGCCAUCCGCGGUGGAGCUGACACAAUCAACUCACAUAGAUCAAUCUAUUCGCAUCCGGUGCCCCAUAUCGCUCGUAUCACGACUAAUUCCGGUCCUAGUCAUCCCGAAAUAUCUGCCACAAAAAUUCGACACGUAGGUGAAUCAGAAGAUGACGAAAGAGGAGAGCUUGAAACUGAAGAAGAGGAUGAAUUGAGUGGAUCAACCAUAAUCAAGGCGGAUAAACAUAUUUCCGACGUGAAUCUAAUUAAUAAAACCACCAUCAUUGGCACUAAUAACAACAGUGGUGGCACCAAUAACAGCAGUAGUAAAACUAGAAAGCGGUUCGAAUUACCUCGUCUAUUACAAUCGCCCACGGGGACGGUACAUCAAGACCAGGGACCCAGUUCUCCUUGGGCAUUCUAUGCAGUUCCACCACGACAAGAAAAUACAGACGAUUCGUUGAAAGAAAGUCUUGAUUAG